AUGCGUGAUCAUUUCGUGAAAUUUUGCAAUAAAAGCAAAUGUAUUGCUGGCAUUGGAUAUAUCACCGCGAAAGAAAGACAUUGGACCGAGAGAUUAUGGUGGAUUUUGGUCUUCAGUUUGUCACUUAUGGUGUGUGGUUAUUCGAUUGGAAAGGUGUGGAUACAAUGGCGCGAUAGUCCAGUUACUGUGGGUUUCACAGAAAAAGACGAACCUAUUUCGGCUGUCCCACCGCUAAUGCGAUUAGAUGCAUUGCUCAAUAUUUGUCAACGGCGAGAUUUUCUAAAGCCUUUUACGCACAGACAAUAUGCAAAUAGUUCAAUUUAUAAAAUCAUUGAUGACAUGGCACCAGAUAUGAAUUCGACACUGUUUCAUUUAACUGUGACCAACGCAGAAAGCGAUAAAUUCAUUUCAGAUAUUCCAUUUCCCCAAAUCACUAUCUGCCCGCUGACCAAAUUUCGCAAGGAGAAAUUUGAUUACGAUUUUCGUGUGAUUGAUAACUUCAAGGGACCAAAAGAAUCUUCAUACAUUGACAUGGCCCCCGAAAUGAUGACCGUUAACAAAUUCCCAAAUGUGUCACAAUGGAGCUUGGACAAUGGAUAUGAAAAUAGAUACUCAGAAAAUGAAUAUCCGCGUCGUGUUUUUAUUCCAAAUAAGGAAAUUGGAGGAUUGGAAAUGCAUUUGGUAUCAAUUAUCAACGAUAUUAAUAACUUUUGCUCUGAAUUCGAUCAAGGAUUUCAAGUGGCCUUGACUAUGCCAGGCGAAACACCAAAGCCAUUAACUUGCUAUUUUGACAUUUUAACGUCAGAGCAAUCGGACAUCAUGAUUAAACCGAAAAUGAUUACAACAUCCGAAGGACUACGUCACUAUUCACCAAAUCAACGACAAUGCUUCUUCAAUUCGGAACGUCAGUUGCGAUUCUUCAAAUUAUACACACAAUAUAAUUGCGAAACCGAAUGUCUGGCCAAUUUUACUCUAAUUCAGUGUGGAUGCGUAACAUUUUCAAUGCCAAAGUUUCGUGAUAAAUGUAAUUGUCUACCCUCAUGCGUACAGAUUAAGUAUGAUGCUGACAUCGACCGAAGGAAAUUCAACCCGACGACUAUGAAGGGUGGAAGAUUAAAAAGCAAUGACACAGAGAAGUCACAUUUAAACAUAUUUUUCGUCAGUGAUCAAGUAAGCACUCUGCAGCGUACAGAAAGAUACAGUACUACGGAUAUUAUGGCGAUUGGUGGCGGUUUGUUGGGUUUAUUUUUGGGGCUAUCGUUGCUGAGCAUCGUGGAAAUGAUUUACUUUGCAACAUUUCAAUUGUUUUGGACCAUUUGGCAUUCGAGAAAUGUGGUCAUUCCAUUUGAACGACCAACCAUAUGCAGAAUUGCCCUCGGAUCGAUCGAGUCGCAAAUGCAGGAAAAAAUACAAAGCAAAAAAUGA